ACUAAACCAACAACUACAAGAAAAGAACAAAGCCUCCUCCUUUUUAACUCCUAUUAAUUCCCUUCACUUCUUCCCUUACUACAUAACACACAUAACCAAAAACAAAACUUGUUCUUCUUACCACUCUAAAUCCAAGAAUCCAAAAUCUCCACUUCUCUAUCUUUGAUUUCUUCUUCAGAAUACCCUACUAGUUUGCAUUAUUACAGUUUUCUGUAUCGUGAGGAUUCAUCAUAAAUUGACAGUUUAGCGGCAUAAGGCAUAACCAAAAAUAACUUCUUGCCACCCUAAUAACUUCUUACCCUACUAGUUUUAAAGAUUACAGUUUUCUGUACUGUGAGGAUUUAUCAUAAAUUGAUAGUUUAGCGGCAUGAGGACAGGUGGUUAUACUUUUCAACAGUCAUUAACUCCUGAAUCAGCAAGUAUAGUGAAACAAGCUGUAAACUUAGCUAGAAGAAGAGGACAUGCACAAGUUACUCCUCUUCAUGUAGCUAGUGCUAUGCUUUCAUCUUCCUCUGGACUUCUCAAAAGAGCUUGUCUUCAAUCCCAUUCUCAUCCACUUCAAUGCAAAGCACUUGAACUUUGCUUCAAUGUUGCACUCAAUAGACUUCCUACCUCAGUUUCAUCUCCCAUUUUAGGUCCUCAUUCUCAUCUCCCUUCUCUUUCUAAUGCCUUAGUUGCUGCUUUCAAAAGGGCUCAAGCUCAUCAACGUCGCGGAUCGAUAGAGAAUCAACAACAGCCCAUUUUAGCCCUUAAAGUUGAAAUAGAACAGCUUGUUAUUUCAAUUCUUGAUGAUCCAAGUAUUAGUAGAGUUAUGAGGGAAGCUGGUUUUUCUAGUCCACAAGUGAAAAAUAAUGUAGAACAAGCUGUUUCUAGUUUGGAGAUUUGCUCCAAAGAAAUUACCACAAAACCAGUACUAGUCCUAGGAAAUACCAACAUGUCACAAAUAACAUCAUCAGCUAGUGUUCUAAAUUUGUCACUUAGUAAAUCAGGAUAUCAAGUGAAGAAUGAUGAUGUGAUGAGUGUUGUGGAAACAAUGAUGAAAAGGAAAAAUGUAGUUCUAAUUGGAGAGUGUUUGGCAACAGCUGAGGGAGUUGUUAGAGGAGUUAUAGAUAAGUUUGAUAAAGGAGAAGUUUCAGGAGACAUGAAACAUGUGCAGUUUAUAAGUGUCCCACUUUUUACUUUAAGAAAUAUUUCAAGAGAAGAGUUUGAGAUCAAACUUAGAGAGCUAAGGACUUUAGUGAAAAACUAUAUUAAUAGAGGGGUUGUUUUGUAUUUAGGUGAUCUUAGGUGGGUGUCUGAGUUUUGGACAAAAUAUGGUGAACAACAAAGGAAUAUGAGCUACUAUUCUCCUGUGGAGCAUAUGAUAAUGGAACUUAGUAGAUUGUUGAGUGGUGCAAUAGGGGAAAAUGGAAGGCUGUGGAUUAUUGGAAUUGCCAGUUUUCAAACUUACAUAAAAUGUAAAAGUGGACAUCCUUCUUUACAGACACUUUGGGAUCUUUAUCCUCUUACUAUUCCUGUUGGAAGUUUGGCUCUUAGUCUCAACCUUGAGAGUGAUUUGCAUAGUCACUUGAGAAGCAAGGCAGCAAUGGAUGGUUCAAGCUGGUCACUUGGUAGAGUUGGAGUUGAGAAGCAACUGACUUGCUGUGCUGAUUGUUUGGCCAAUUUCAAAAGAGAAGCUAAAACCAUCUCAAGCAUACAAGUUAAAACUGAGUCUACUACCACUUACUCCAGCUCAAGUUUGCCUUCUUGGCUCCAAAAGUAUAAGGAAGAACACAGACAAGCUAACAAUGAUCAGGAAUCUGAAAUGAAUAUGGUAAAUCUAUGCAAGAAGUGGAACUCUAUUUGCAAUUCUGUCCAUAAACAACAACCUCAUUUUCUUGAGAAAGGCUUUAUUAGUCCACUAUCUUCACCAUCUCCUUGUUCAUCUAAUUCAAUAUCCUCUUCAAAUGACCAUCACAUUAAAAGCUCCAGCAAGUUGCAUAAGAGCCUUUUGAAUUGGCCUGUGAUAUUUGAAUCAAAUCAAUCACCAAAAGAACAUCAAUUCUUCACAUCUGAAAAUGAGGCUGAAACCAAGCCAGAGCUUCUAUCUAAUCCCAAUUCAAGUCCUAACUCAGCUUCCUCAAGUGAAGCAAGUGGAUACAUGGAGAAUAUUGAUAGAUUCAAUGAGCUUAAUUCAGACAACAUGAAAAUCCUUUGCAAGGCAUUGGAGAAGAAAGUCCCAUGGCAAAAAGACAUAAUUCCUGAGAUAGUUAGUACAAUUCUUGAAUGUAGGUCCAAAAAGGAAGAAACUUGGCUAUUCUUUUUAGGUGCUGAUUUUGAAGGAAAAGAGAAAAUUUCAAGGGAAUUGGCAAAAAUUGUUUUUGGUUCAGAAGAUAGCUUUAUAUCCAUUGGAAUUAGUAGCUUUUCAUCAUCAACAAGAGCAGAUUCAACUGAAGAAGUGAGUAACAAAAGAUCAAGAAAUGAACAUGGGAAGAGUUAUCUUGAGAGAUUUGUAGAAUCAAUUCAAGAAAAUCCAAGUAGAGUUUUCUUACUUGAAGAUAUUGAGCAAGUUGAUUCUUUUUGUCAAAAGGGUAUCAAGAAAGCUAUAGAAACUGGUAGUUUUACACUUGCUGAUGGUGAUUUAGUGUCAUUUAAGGAUGCUAUUUUCAUUUUCAGCUCUGAGAGUUUUAGUUCAGUUUCUAGAGCUUGUUCUCCUCUAAAGAAAUGUCAUGAUGAUCAAGUUAAGGAGAUCAAAGAUCAAGAAAAUGGAGAUGAAAGUGUUCCUUCAGUAUUAGAUUUGAAUAUUGCAACUGAGGAAAAUGGAGAUGAAAAUAAUUUGGUGUCUCAUGAUAUUGGCAUUUGGGAAGCAGUGGAUAAACAAGUCAUUUUCAAGAUUCAAGUCUUGUGAAAGGAUCAGUGAUGUUAGAAACUCAGCUGUUGUAAUUUUCCCCCUUUUUUUUUUUAAUGUUUUAGUGGUAGUAGCUUUUAAUUCAGUGAUCUACAAAUACGGGGAGGGUAUAAUUAAACUGAGAUUAACUGAAGAAGAAAAUAGGUCCCUUAGAUUAGAUAUGGAGAGUUUGAUGUAGGAUUUCAUGUACAUUAACACCUCUUUGAUCUUUGUAAUACUAUAUAAUAUUAAUGCUGAA